GGGCGACAGUAUACGUACUCCGAGAAGCACGUCGAAAUGUAGAUAAUAGCAUUUCCAAGUUUGCUAUGGAAUUAAUUCCGGCGUAGCUAUCUUUGUUUGUGCGUUUAGAAGAUCUCUCAGCUUUGUAGUAUUACCCAUAUGUAAAACCCUUUAUCCAUUUUUUCAUACCUACAAAUAAAUGUCAAUAUUCACUUGCUUUUCUUGUAAUUGACAAUAGUGUACUAGAACUGAUAACAUGAAGAGUGACAGCUGGUAGAUAUGUAACGAAACGCUCCAAUAUAUUUAAAUGUUAACGUCAGAUUCAUCCAUUGGCCGGAAAUUCAGAAUGGCUUGUGAUUGGAAAUGUGGUGCUGUCUUAUUUAUGGUAUUGUUAGUGAACAUCGUUGAACAAAGUUCUGGGCAGCCCCGAGAACUAGACCCCCAAUGGACAUAUGUUUGCCCUACAAUUUACCCUACAGUUUUUACUGGGUUUGCACCUCGUGGCAAUAAAACUGCUGGAACAUAUAAGAAAAAAGAUAAAGUUCACACUCUAGAUCAGUGCAUUAUGACUUGCUGUAAGGACGAUUAUUGCAAUGUUGUCUUCAUGCAUGAUACCUCGUGUUACCACAUUUUCUGCAGCAGCAAUGAAAUGUGUGCUCCUGUUUUCCGUCCAGAAGCUCAGUUUGGAGAACAUGUAAACAUGGUUCUGGUACGGGCAACAUCACCAGGAGAAGCAUGGAGUGAUGUUUUGGAUCUUGCUUCACCAGAUGAUGAUGUAGUGAGAGAUAUGUUAAUGGAGGCAAGCGAGAGCCACUACCCUUUGUUUGGGGAUCCCCAGGGUUGCGAAGUAGGCAUUAUCAUUGACUGCCCUGUGCAUGAAACAUGUGAGAAGGUCAACACCCAUUCGCGAAAUGGCAGGUGCAAGUGUGAAGUUGGCUAUCAACGCAACGGAACAGGACACUGUGUUCUCGCCUUCAAUUCUACACAACCCACUACCAGCCGUGAGCCACCUACACAAGAUCCUGCAGUUCCAAUGAAGAUGUAUUCUGAGGGUGAUUCUGGUGGGUCCAGAACUUUGGCGGGGACUGAGGUAUCAUCUGCCCAGCCUCUAAAGCAGUUGACAGUUUCUGCUAUAUCAAAAGUAGUACGGCUUCCUGAGAAUGAAGUAACGUUGCCCACUUUCACAGUUCCUGCUGAACAGCCUGGGGAGCAUUACAAAUAUGAAUGGACUUUGUUGUCACAACCCGACGGUGUGAACAGUGGAACAAUGAAUGAUAAAAAUGGUGGAACUCUGAAGCUUAGCAACCUCAUAGAAGGCCUGUAUAUGUUCAAAGUUAGCGUCUCUGCACCUGGUGCCUAUGGAGAAACUUACGCGAAUGUUACCGUUUUACCUCCUAAGCGUAUAAACCAACCUCCAAUUGCCAUCAUCACUCCUCCGUCUCAAACAGUCAAGCUCCCGAACACAGGUGCUGUCCUUGAUGGUUCCAACAGCAAGGACGAUGACAGCAUCAUUAGCUGGCACUGGGAGUUGCAACAGGGUCCUAUUGGGUAUCAGCCACACCUAGUUGAUACUCCCACCCUGCAGCUGGACAACUUGCAGUUGCCUGGAAACUACACCUUUAAAUUAACUGUUGAAGAUUCAGACCAUGUUUCCAAUUACACGACUGCCAAUGUUACUGUUCUUAAAGUGACAGACUAUCCUCCAGAAGCCAAUGCAGGGCAAGACAUCAUCAUUUACUUGCCGCACAAUAACCUUACGUUAAAUGGCAACCUGAGCACUGAUGACAGGGGUAUUGUGAGUUGGGAAUGGACAAAAAGUCCGUCCGAUCAAGAUAAAGCUGUUGACAUGCAGAACACAAGGAAUCCAUAUUUACAACUGUCUAACUUAGAAGAAGGAAUGUAUACAUUUGUUUUGAAAGUUACGGAUAAUUCUGGACAAUCUUCAUCAGCAGAAGUGCACGUUUUUGUAAAACCACCUACUAACAAACCUCCAGUUGCCAAUGCUGGAACAGAUAUUGUUGUAUCUUUACCUCAAAACACAGCUCUAUUGGAUGGAUCUCAGAGUUCUGAUGAUAUCAAACUCAAAGCAUUCCAGUGGGAUCAAUUAAGUGGGCCUAAUAAAGCUGUUUUCUCCAAUGCCAAUGAGUCUCGUACAAAUGUCAGUGAAUUGACAAAAGGUCAAUACGAGUUUCAGUUGACUGUUACUGAUGAAAACAACAACAAAGCUAGUGAUUCUGUGUUGGUAACAGUUACUCAGAAUAAAAAUGCUCCUCCGAAAGCGAAUGGGGGAGGUGACCAAACUAUUAUCCUGCCUAUCAGUGUUGUGAAGUUGAAUGGAUCGCAGUCAAGUGACGACCUGGGAAUAGUUCAGUGGUUGUGGACAAGAGAACCUAAUAGUCUCGCGCUGGGUAAAGUGAUUGGAGAAACAGAUCGAACUUCUAUACUCAUGCUGACAGCAAUGCUGUUCCUGGCCGCUACAUUUUUCGCUCUCGAGUGACUGAUGACCAAGGGCUCCUUUGACGAGGACACAGUGUCAUCAUAGUGAAGGCAGACCACACCUAAUGGAUUCGUUGAGCUGGUUUUUGAACGUGGAGCGCAGAGGUUGUCCAAGGCCUAAGAAGACUCGCUAGAAGCAACUCUCUCUUUUACUGAGGGAGGAGGCGAUUAUCCACGUGAGGGAGAAUGCGCAUUGAAAGACCAACUGGCCGAGCUGUGAUUGUUUUCUACGUGGAAGCUCGUGACACUCACCAUAUUGCCAGGCCUGCGUUGUUGCACGUCUGAAGGAAAAAGCUGACUCGAGAUUCAGGUCUCUGGAAUGUCUGUUGCUAGCAAUCAGACUGCAGUGUGCCAGAACAACUGUUCAGGCCAUGGUGUUUGUGAUCAAGCGACACGACAGUGCCUCUGUGAAGCCUUUUGGAUGCAGGACUUAAUCGCAAAGCAUUUGGGAAGUGGUGACUCCAAUUGUGAUUGGAGUAUUCUGUACGUGGUAAUUGUGCUGUUUACGGGCGUUGUGCUAAUAGUUGGAGGAGGCUGGGGCAUUAUUUGUUUGUGCCAAAGAGCAUGCACACGUCGCCCAAGGAAAAGACAGAAGUAUGCUUUGUUGGGAGAUGAUGGUGAAGAUGACGCUAUGAUACCUAGAGUAUCUCAAGGCAAAAUAAUGCUGUCCGAUACAGAUUCGGACUCUGAGUCUGUACUGUAUGAAAGUGGCAAAUGUAAGCUGAAUGGAGAGUCUCGAAAUGGCCAUGGCAAACCACGCAAUGGCUUCGUAAAAUCAGGUCGCAGGAUUAAAACAUGAGAAGAUCAAGAAAAGAGCGGAUGUCAAAGGGACAUAUAUUGAUGCCUGAAGAGACGAAUUUUGUGUCCAGUAAGUAUGUAAAAAGUAUCGUCAGAGUGAAUGAAUUUAGAACAGGGUGAUUAUAUAUUGUAUUAUAUGCUAUCAUAUUAUAUAUCAUGUUGGGCGUGUAUUGAUUAUAUUUUCAGUACACUUUGUUGAUUGUUUCUAGCCAUACAAUCAACAAUUUGCUAAUUGAAUAUUUCAAAUGCUGCUAUACAAUUCUAGCCUCAGACCUGAGAUACUGUUAGGUGACACAGAACAACUGUAAUAUAUAAUGUUUUUAAUUUAUUUACCAUAAUACUUAAUUUUACUUUCCCCAUCAUAUUUUCCAUUUUCUCACAAAUAUUGCUGAACUGAAGUUGUAUAUUGACAGUUGCAGGUGAUUUUGACUAGAGGUAAUUUUUGUGUUGAAUUGGGUUUUGAUGUUCACAACUAGAUGCAAUACACCUACUUCGUUGCUUUUCUUUCCAUGACAUAACUGAGGAAGUAAUGAAUUUUUAAAAACUGGGAUGCUAACUGAUUUUGUUGAUAUAUUCUUCCAAAGAGAAUUAAAGGGGUCUUUUCUUUCAAGUUAAUUUCAUUCUGUGAAUGAGGAAGUAAAGACUUGAUGUACGUUUUGAAUUUUUUUACGUAUGUUGGUGGGAAGAAAUUUAGACUACUAUUUGCAAAGAAUGAGUGUGUUGUGAUGCAUUGUGGUGAUCUGGUAAUUCUGAAAGAAAAAAUAUUGAAGACCAAAACUGUUUUUUAAUGUAUAUGGUACUGUUGUUGUCUUUUAAUGAAGUUGAAACAUAUGAUGCAUACCAUUUAACAGCAGCUAUUUUAUACACAUAUAAUAGUAUGUGUCUCAUUUUUCAUGGAUUUAAUUUUUGACUAUUUAUGUAGCCAUGAUAAUAAAACAUGGCAAUAAUCAACGACAUCGAUAUAACCAGUAAUAUAUGUUAAACACAUUCUAUGGACCAUAGUACUUACAUUUGAAAUGUUUGUAUUGUAGUAGCAUUUGCUUAAUGACUGGUCUGAUAUUAUUUCUUACUUUUUGUACAUACAUGUACGUUAAUGAUUCUUUUUGUACUUAGCGAUGCCUAGAGCUUUUUUUUUCUUUUCUUAGAGUGUUUAGAAAUUUUAAAAAGUUUCCUCUGAUACAUUUUCAGUAUUUGGAUGUAAAAACUUGUCAUGUGCAUGAUUUUGCCAAGUAUAUGUUAUUGAAAUACAUAAUUUUUGAUUUAGUUGUAGAAAUGCCAUUUAAUAGUAUCGUAAGAAUAUUUUGUCACAUCACUACUUACCUUUUAUAAAUAUGUAUUUUACAGUAUAUAUAUAUUUAUGUGUUGCACAUGUAGUAUGCUCUAAAGCUUUUCAUAUUAACAUGAAAUCCUUGGUGUAAACAGAAUGUGAAAUAGUAUCCACCUUUGUCAAAUGUUUAAUGUCUAGUCAUUUAAGUUACUGUGAACAAUGUAGAGUUACUAAUGAGAAUAUGGCAAGAGUUGCCACUUGGAGCAGAAAGAAUAGAAAAAGAGAAAUAAUAUUUGCAAAGAAACUGAAUGUUAUAAAACAACACCUGUACGUGAGGUUUUUGAGAAUUUUACAAAUGCUUUGGCCUAGUGACUUGCAAUUGUUUUUUCUAUAUUUUUUUACAAGUCUUGCAUUUGUGAUGUUUAUUAUGAUCAGUAUUGAUGUAAAAAAUGUAUUCCAUAAACAUUUGAUUUCCUGGCAUUCAGAGACUAUUUUGUAAAACACUGUUGGAGAAUAAAAUGUAUUUCUUGUUGCUGCAGA